GGGGCCAGGCGUGGGUCCAGGCCUUUUUCCCCCCUGGACUCUGCGCGUGCGCCCGCCCGGCAGCCGGCGGCCGCCGUGUCCGCUGCAGCCUGCCGCCGGGGUGUCGCGCCGAUGCACGGGCAGCAGCAGCGCGGGCCACGAUGACAGACUACGGCGAGGAGCAACGCAACGAGUUGGAGGCUCUGGAGUCCAUCUAUCCCGACUCCUUCACAGUAUUAUCAGAGAGUCCGCCCAGCUUCACCAUCACUGUGACGUCAGAGGCUGGAGAAAAUGACGAAACUGUCCAGACUACUCUCAAGUUUACAUAUAGUGAAAAAUACCCUGAUGAAGCUCCUCUUUAUGAAAUAUUCUCCCAGGAAAAUCUAGAAGAUAAUGAUGUCUCAGACAUUUUAAAAUUACUGGCAUUGCAGGCUGAGGAAAAUCUUGGCAUGGUGAUGAUCUUCACUCUUGUGACAGCUGUUCAGGAAAAGCUAAAUGAGAUUGUCGAUCAGAUAAAAACCAGAAGAGAGGAAGAAAAGAAACAGAAAGAAAAGGAAGCAGAAGAAGCAGAGAAGAAACUGUUCCAUGGCACUCCUGUUACAAUUGAGAAUUUCUUGAGUUGGAAGGCCAAGUUUGAUGCAGAACUCCUGGAAAUUAAAAAGAAACGGAUGAAAGAAGAAGAACAAGCCGGGAAAAAUAAACUAAGUGGGAAACAGUUAUUUGAAACAGAUCAUAAUCUUGACACAUCUGAUAUCCAGUUCCUGGAGGAUGCCGGGAACAACGUGGAGGUGGAUGAGUCCUUGUUCCAGGAAAUGGAUGACUUGGAACUGGAGGAUGCUGAGGACGAUCCUGACUACAAUCCUGUGGCCCCAGGGAGCGACUCCUCGGACUAACAGACUCCCUGACUCCAGAGAGGCAUGACUGCCACAGCAUCUGUGGCUAUGCUGAGAGGGUUUGGAUCUUCCUUUCAUUUUUUUCUAAGAAAAAAACAUAUUUUUCAGGAGAAUAUUCUUCUGAUAGCUUUCAACAUUGAACUUAAUAAACUGCCCAUAAAAUUUCAAAUAUAAAA